AUGUCUUCAAUUCGUAUAAAAGUCCAGCUUGGUGAUAAUAAAUCAAAUAAUAAAUCUUAUCGAAAAACCUUACCAUCAUUAAUUAAAUUUAUUUAUGUUCUUAAUUCAUCAUCAACUAAAACAAUUAAUCAGCUUAAACAUUUACUUGAAAAUUAUAUCAUUCGAGAAUUUUCAUAUAAUAAUGUACAAAUUGUUCAAUUAAUGACUGAUGAUGGUUAUUUUCUAUCGAAUAAUGACAUAUGUUCAGAUGUACUUGAAGAUAAUGAUCGAAUUAUUUGUGUUGAUAUGGAAAAAUUUAUUGAAGAAAAUUAUAUGACAUUAGAUCUUGAAAAUUUAUGGUGUGAAAUUAAACAACAUGAUGCAAGUGAUAACCUUGAAAAAUAUAUUAAAGUUGGUCUGAAUAAUUGUGGAAAAUUAUUUAUACGAAUUUAUGGAACAUCAACUAUGUAUGGACUUUAUAUGUUUAAUAUAUUUGAAUUAAUUCAAAUUGCUAAUGAAAAAAAACAACAAAAUAGUAUCAUUGCUCGACUUGGUAAUACGAAUUGGUUUAUUGAAGCUAAAUGGGAAUAUGAUUCUAUUUCAAAUACAUGUUUAUUUCUUAUAUGUAAUUUAAAAGUUGGUUCAAAUGAACAAAUAUGGUCAAAUAAAUUACAUAUUUUACUUGAUGAAUCACAUAUGUGUAUAGAAAAAGGUGAAAUAAUUAAUUUAUCAGGUGAAAUAACUAAUGAUGAUAUUUUAACUGAUCAACAACGAGAACGUUUAAAAGAACU